AUGGCCGAGUUGCCGGCCCCGGAGCUGCCCACCGACCCAGCUCGCUGCAGCGGCAGGUUCACCAUCAGCACGCUGAUCGGUGCGGAGGAGGGGGGCAAAGCUGCCUACGGGGCCGCCGAGGCCGCCAGCUAUGACAGCGCACAUGCCACCCACCUCUCCGGGGGCACGCUCUACAUGAGGACUUUUGGCUACAACACCAUUGACGUUGUGCCCGCUUACGAGCAUUAUGCCAACAGCAAGGUGGCCGGUGAUGCCAGGAAGGGGAGGCCCUCACUGGCGGACCUGCACUCCAUCCUGAAGGUAAGAGGGGCUCUGCUGCACCGCGCAUGGUGGGAACGUCCUGCACCCCAGCGAAGCAACGGCCUGCCCGAGGAUGAGGUGGGUGAGGACCACAAGGCCCCCCUAGAGGAGCCCGUCCGCUUUGGAUGGAUCAAGGGUGUGAUGAUUCGCUGCAUGCUGAACAUCUGGGGAGUGAUUCUCUACUUGCGCUUGCCCUGGAUCACAGCCCAGGCAGGAAUUGCACUGACAUGGCUGAUCAUCCUGAUGUCCGUGACGGUGACCACCAUCACUGGCUUGUCCAUCUCUGCCAUAUCUACCAACGGCAAAGUGAAAUCAGGGGGCACCUAUUUCCUUAUCUCAAGAAGCCUCGGGCCAGAGCUGGGCGGUUCUAUUGGUCUGAUUUUUGCCUUUGCAAAUGCGGUGGCUGUGGCCAUGCACACUGUGGGCUUUGCAGAAACCGUCCGUGAUCUGCUCCAGGAAUAUAACUCUCUCAUCGUAGACCCCACAAAUGACAUCCGCAUCAUCGGGGUCGUGACAGUGACAGUGCUGCUUGGCAUUUCCUUGGCGGGAAUGGAGUGGGAGGCCAAGGCACAAAUAUUGUUCUUCCUGGUCAUUUUGGUUUCCUUCAUAAACUACCUGGUGGGGACAGUGAUCCCAGCCACAGCAGAGAAGCAAGCAAAAGGUUUCUUCAGCUACAGAGCUGACAUUUUUGCCCAGAACUUUGUGCCCAACUGGCGGGGACCUGAGGGCACCUUCUUUGGUUUGUUUUCUAUUUUCUUUCCAUCAGCAACUGGCAUCUUGGCUGGAGCCAACAUUUCAGGUGAUUUGAAGGAUCCUGCUGUGGCAAUUCCCAAAGGCACCUUGAUGGCUAUAUUCUGGACCACGGUGUCCUACCUGGUGAUUUCUGCUACGAUUGGCGCGUGCGUGGUCCGAGAUGCCUCUGGGAGCCUCAAUGACACCAUCGGGGCCGGCUCGCUGGGCUGUGAGGGUUUGGCAUGUGGCUACGGCUGGAAUUUCACCGAAUGCAUGCAGAAGCAGAGCUGCCGCUACGGACUCAGCAACUACUACCAGAGCAUGAGCAUGGUGUCCGGAUUCGGCCCUCUCAUCACAGCUGGGAUCUUUGGUGCUACUCUGUCCUCGGCACUGGCCUGCCUUGUCUCUGCCCCAAAAGUCUUUCAGUGUCUCUGCAAGGACCAGCUCUACCCUCUCAUCGGCUUCUUUGGGAAGGGCUAUGGGAAGAACAGCGAGCCCAUCCGUGGGUACGUGCUGACCUACGCCAUUGCCGUGGGUUUCAUCCUGAUUGCUGAACUCAAUUCCAUAGCCCCCAUCAUCUCCAACUUCUUCCUGUGCUCUUACGCGCUGAUCAACUUCAGCUGCUUCCAUGCCUCCAUCACCAACUCGCCAGGGUGGAGACCAUCAUUUAGGUAUUACAGCAAGUGGGCUGCUCUGUUUGGUGCGGCUGUGUCCGUUGUGAUCAUGUUCCUGCUGACGUGGUGGGCCGCCCUGAUAGCCUUUGGCAUCGUCAUCUUCCUCCUGGGAUAUGUGCUCUACAAAAAGCCAGAUGUGAACUGGGGUUCGUCUGUGCAAGCAAGCUCAUACAACCUGGCCUUGAACUACUCUGUGGGGCUCAGUGAAGUGGAUGAGCAUGUCAAGAACUACAGACCUCAAUGCCUGGUGUUAACAGGCCCUCCCAAUUUCCGUCCAGCCCUGGUGGAUUUUGUGGGCACUUUCACCAAAAAUCUCAGCUUGAUGAUCUGUGGGAAUGUGCUGAUAGGACCAAGGAAACAGAAGAUGCCAGAAUCCAGGCUGAUGUCUGAUGGCCAUACAAGGUGGCUUAUCAAGAGGAAGAUCAAGGCUUUCUAUACAGACGUGGUAGCUGAGGAUUUGAGAAGUGGAGUCCAAAUACUUAUACAGGCUUCUGGUCUUGGGAAGAUGAGACCCAACAUCCUAGCACUGGGGUAUAAGAGGAACUGGCAGACAGCCCACCCACAGGCCAUGGAGGAUUACGUAGGAAUCCUGCACGAUGCCUUUGAUUUCAAGUAUGGUGUGUGCUUAAUGAGGAUGAAAGAAGGGCUGGACAUCUCUAGAGUGAUGCAAGCUCACAUUAACCCGAUGUUUGAGCCAGCAGACGACCACAAAGAGAGUGGCAUCAGCGGCACAGCAGCCCCGGUCACAGGCACAUUGGACCCUGAUGCCUUGGUAGCUGGACAGCAGGCAAGCACCAUCUUCCAAACUGAUCAGGGCAAGAAGACCAUUGACAUUUACUGGCUCUUUGAUGAUGGAGGUCUCACGCUCCUGAUUCCCUACCUCCUUGGGCGCAGGAAGCGGUGGGGAAAGUGCAAAAUCCGGGUGUUUGUUGGCGGGCAGAUCAACAGGAUGGAUGAAGAGAGGAAGGCGAUCGUGUCGCUGCUGAGCAAGUUCCGCCUUGGCUUUCAUGAGGUCCACAUCCUUCCAGACAUCAACCAGAAACCCCGGCCCGAGCACAUCAAGAGAUUUGAUGACCUGAUCGCUCCCUUCAGGCUGAAUGAUGGAUUUAAAGAUGAGGCUGCAGUGAAUGAAAUGCGGCACGAUUGUCCCUGGAAGAUUUCUGAUGAGGAGGUCAAUAGAAACAGAGCCAAGUCGCUUCGGCAAGUGAGGCUGAACGAGAUUCUGCUGGAUUAUUCGCGGGAUGCAGCACUCAUAGUAAUCACGCUGCCCAUCGGCCGCAAGGGACGCUGCCCCAGCUCCCUCUACAUGGCCUGGCUGGAGACCCUCUCACAAGACCUGCGACCUCCUGUCAUCCUGACCAGAGGAAACCAAGAAAACGUUUUGACCUUUUACUGCCAAUAA